AUGGCUUUGAGAGUGGUGGCACAGAAGGGAAUUCAUGCUAGUCAUUCAAAAGCUUUGACUUCAAUAUAUAGAGAUGCGGUGGCGUCAAUAACAAAAUCAGGCCUUGAAGCCAGAGUGAAAGCUGUCAGAUGCAUACCAGAAUUUCCCAUCAAUCCAGCUUUACAAGGCGCUGAUAAUGGCAAGUUUUUGACGAACCUACUCUCUAAAAGGCAAGUUGGCAUCUUUUCAGUCUGCGAUGUUAACUAUGUCUUUUUUGUUGCCAAUAACAGAAAGCUUCAGUAAAUUUAUUAAUCAUACUCUUCAAUUUACACUUCCUGGAAGCUCCAGAUCAUAAUAUAUUGCUCUAGAAUAGCUCAUUUUCUUGCCUAUAAAUCCAUUUCGUUGCAGUCUAUUUGGAGAAAUUUGUCGCCCUUUUAGUUAAGUAGUCGAUUUAAUCUUCCAAGCUUAGUGAUUCAAAGAUGAUCAGUCUUUGCAUAGCCAUUUCUGUUGUAUUUUCAAAGGCAAAGGUACAGGCAAUGCAAUACUUCCUUCUGAGGUAAGGGAUAAUCCUCAAGACAAAGUCGCAGUUUUCAUGCAUGGGGGAUGCUGCCUUGGUACAAAUCUUAAUAGUCUUCUAGAAUUCCCUUAUGCUCGUUUCAAAAAGGAUUGGUGGAGAUUUUUUCUAGAAUUUUUGUGUUCUGGCGUUUCAUUUGUUGACAUGGGAAGAAGCUGAGAAAGUUAGAGCAAGAAGACUUUUUGUGUGUUUCCACCCAAAUUUGACUUCAUAAUUAAGAUUUUGUGAGAAAAGUUGGUAUACAAUUUUCAACACCAAUUUGCAAGCAAGACUGUCUCUUUCUUUGUCAAAUGAUUUUCAGCCAUUUUGUUAUAUGGAGUAACCUAUCCACUUCUAUUUAAGGAAGGUGGUUUCUUCCUUGUGUAUGGGAAAAUGUUUACAUUAGUGGACUAAUAGAAGAAAAAUAGGCCUUUUUGUAUUUCCUUUUAAGUAGGCUGGCACUUCACAUGAAUGCCCCUAUAAAGUCCUCAUAAAAGUUAUUACAAGUAACCUUGUGACAAACAUUAAAGCCCAUCGAUGAGACUAUAAUACUGUUAAAAAAAAUUCAAUAAUAUAACGAAAUUGAUUGUAUCCAAACUUUUGAUCUAGGCCCCCGAAAAUUUUGGGUUUCGGUCAAGUAUAGUUGUUAGUAUAGUAUGAUACACAAUAUGCAUUACGUAUCUCACUAUACGUUUCAAUAUAAUGAUAAAACGAUAUGUAUCAGAGAGUUGUAUGAUUUUUUCAUUGUAUCGUAAGUUACACGAUACGUCUAUUGUGAUAUGUACCUUGCGAUGUGUUUUGAUACCAUGAAAAAAUGGUACGCACAAGAUAAUUUUUUUAUUUUCUACUCAAAGGAUAAACAGAUGAUUCUUUCUCCUGGGAUCCUCUUCAUCUUCUUGUAUUUCUUAUUUCAAACAAAAGCAACACUAAUUAUAUUUUGAUCUCUGAAUCAUAAAAAGACGAAGGGUUAUCUCUCUUUUGAUCUCCGUAAACACGCAUCCCACAAAAUGAUAAGUGAGUUGAAAUAAUAUUUAUAUUUGGCAGUAUAUAUAAAUAGGCAUAUAUCUCUUAAUUUUUUAUUUUUUUUGAAAAUUUUAGCAUAUCAUACGAUAUACAAUACAUUAUUUUUGAAAAAGAUACGUAGUGCGAUAAAUGUUUUGAUAACAUGCAGGAUUUUACGUUUAGACUUGGUUACAGACAAAUAGCUAUUUCAUUAGUAACAUUUUGUUUAUAUCCUUGAGUUCUUGUACAUAUUUAAAUUAAGUAUUGUGUAAGUUGGUUUAUAUAUUAAAUUGGUUGAUAGGCUACUGUUUUGGAAAACAGGAUCUUUUAUUAAGGUAAACCCGUAAAUGUAUUGCCUUGGAAAAUUUUAGACUCGGUGAUUUCCUUGACCUCUCAUACAUGAGUUUAAUUCAAGUCCUACACAGGUCUUUGUUUUGAUUGAGUGACACGUUAAUUCAAGUCUUAACUAGGUCUUUAUCUUAGUUGAGUAUGGAUUCCCUUGAUUUCUCAUACAUGAGUUUAAUUCAGUCCUAAGUAGGACUUUGUGUUGAGUUUGUUGACAGUGUGGUAAGUUACUUCAGGCCUCAAUUAGGUCUUUGUCUUGGUUAAGCUGGUUGCUGAAGCUUCUCUCUUGAUCAGCUUGGCCCUUCUAUUAAGGUGAAAAUAUAAUCUUCGAAGAAUUUAAAUUGAGUUUUCAGUCGUCAAGGAUCUUUGCUAUGGCCAUAUUGAUAUAAUAGAAAUAUGCAUAUAUUAGUAUUCAGAUAUCUAUAUUGGACUGAAGGGUGUAGCAAAGAUGAGAGCCUACUCUUGUGUAGUGACCUAUGAUGAACUCCGGUGGACAUUCUUUUAUUUUUCCUCGCAAACUAAUAGCUUUAUCAUAAUAAUUAUUUUUUUAAGUUAUUGUCAUGGUUAUGCACUUUGUUAAGUUUAAUGAAUUAGUAUAACACAAUAUUAGAGAGAAAGAGAGAGGUCAAAAUUAAACCUAGCUCUCAUACAUCACUUAUAUUUAUAAUUAACUUAC